AUGAGUAAAAGACCUAGAACGGAACCACCAACUAACGGUCAAGAAGACAUUUGGGGUGACGAUUUUACUUAUGAUGAAGUGAACUCAAUUGUCAACAUUGAAUCUUUGGCAUCACAAUCACAUUUUCCCGGUAAUUUAAAUAACCCUGGUAAUCAAAGGGACAGUCAAAUUAGAGAGGGGGAGAUCAAAAAUUUAAAAAAUAAAAUCAAGCAGUUAGAAAUUCAACUAUAUAACACAAAACAAGAACAAGAUGAUAAAUUUAAAACCUUAAAAAAUAUUAUCGACUGUAAAGAUACAGAGCUUAAAUUUCAGCAACAAGAAACGACUGCUCUUAAAAAUAAGAUAAAAGAAAUGAAGAUUAUCACCAAAAUUGUCCCUCAGAAAAAUGUAUCAUUUAGCUGUAUGAAAACUGGAAGUAACUCAACUUUGUUACACAGUGCUUCAGAACAUAAUACAAAAAAGAAUGUAUCAACUCAAACAUUUCAAAUCACAAAUAAUGAACAUUAUCUAUUAAUAAGGGAUAAUUUUCCAGAAAUAAAUAAAAGUUAUGAAAAGCUAAAAAAAUGUUUGUAUCCUGACUUAUUUACUAUUCAAAAUAAUCAAAAUGAUGUUAAAAAUUUAAGUACAAUACAAGAUUGUCAUUUAAUUUUAGCCAAAUUAAUGGUGUUAGAAACUUUUGAUGAAAUUCAAUCUCACUCUUUAAUUGAAUUGUUAUUUGAAAACUGUAAGAAUAUUUUAGAAUCUACAAUUGAAAUACUUCAAGAUACAAUAGAUGAUGAGGAUUUUGUUAAAAGAGAAAAACAAUUAAUUUAUAGUUACUUACAUUUAAACAAACAAUGUUUAAAAAAUAGGUUUUCUAUGUUUGAUCUACAGUUCUCUCAUUUGUUGGAUUGCAUAUCGGUAUUGACUACUAUUUCUAAUGUUGUCCCAAGAAUUGUUAUGAAUCAUACAAAUAAUUUAUUUCAAACAUUUGUACACUUUUUACAAAUAAUUGGUUCACAAAGUCGUACCAUGGAAUAUGUUUCGGUAAUUAUAGCACUGAUAAAAUUUCUUACGAAUUUGUGUAGUUGUAAUUGGGAAAUAACAAAACAAAAGCAAUUGGACAUUUAUGAUAUAAUUAAAGAAAUAGUAUUCUGCCGUCCUUGCAUUAACAUUGUACAAGAACUAAUCAAUUUGUUAAGCAAAAUGUCUAUAUACACAGAGAUAACGGACAGUCUAUGUCAAUUAUCUACUCCUAAUACAUUUAUUCUAUCUGACAGAGUUAGCACAUUUACAACAGGAACAUGUGUUCUCCGUGUGCUUUGUCUUCAGCUAGAACUCCUCAAACACAGCAAUCAUCUUAUUACAAAUUAUUUAUAUUUUGUAAAUGUUCUUUUAAAUAGUACACAUGUACCCAGAUGGAUGCACAAAAUACCAAACAAAACAUGUGAUUGCACUGCAUCAUUUAUAGAAUUAACUAUACAAUUUUUGUAUAUUGUAUUCAACAUUUAUGAAAAAGAAAGAGAAUCUUACGACAUUGAUCUAUUAAAAUUAAUGGAAGAAAUUGUUGAAAAUAGUUACUCAAUACUAUAUCGCCUAGGAAAGAUGGAUGAAGAAUUUCGUAGUCACAUAAGUAAAUGUAAGGGCCGUUAUGAUGUUAUUGUUCGGAAAAUUCAAAAGCUUGAAUUUGGUAAAUCAAACACAUUUUUAGUAAAAGAAUUGAAAAAAUUUGAAUUCAAAUCAUUAACACAUAGCCAAUACAGUUCUUCGGUAAUUUAUGAAGUAUUUCCGAUUGAUAAACCCAAAUUUACACAAAAAUCACAGUACCAAUUUGAUGAACCUAACAAACAAGUUUCUGAAAAUAAUACAUGGAAUAACUAA